UGUUUGCUUUUGCAUUUGGUAGCCCAUGCAAAAUGUGAUAGUGAUCACACUAGCGAAUGUUUAAGUCUUAUUGUGUUAUUUAGUUUUUCUUGUGUUUUCUUAUUAGCGCGUUUGCUUCAUGUUCAAAUAUUUGUGCCUCCAAAUCACAUGCAAAGUGAGCUUCACGUGUGGAGCUUUUAUGAUGAAAACAACCAGCCGGAACCUGUUUUUGGUGGCUGCUGAUUUUUUGACUGUGGACACAAAAAACUGCGAAAUCUAGGAGACGGACAGCGCCCAGAAUAACUGUAAACCUCUGCAAACUGUGUAGCAUCGCAUUGAAAAUGGGACUCGGGCCAUUUUCUCCGGGUUGUCGGACGUUUAAACAGAGGAUAUGUCCUUGGGUUUACUGAAGCUACAGUUCUACAUUCAGCUCUCCAAGCAUGCCACAAUAGUGACCAUAUCUCUGCACUCAGCAGCACUGUUUGAUCCAAGAGAAACGUGCCUUGUAAGGAAGCAGGAUGUUCACAGGCUCCACCAAGCUGCCACCCACUAAAACCCCCCAGCCUGAGCGGCUGGAUGAAGUGUACACUGCCUUACGCAGAGGCUUACAGUCGUACCUGCAGGUCCACCAGCUAGAACUGGACAGUCUGGGUCAGCAGAUCAGAGAAAACAAGAGGAAUGGUCGUUUGGGGUCUCUGUAUGAGCUGGAUAAGCAAGUGAAAGCCAUUGAGAGGUUCAUGCGUCGCUUGGAGUUCCACCUCAGCAAGGUUGAGGAGUUGUACGAUGCUUAUUGUAUACAGCGGCGACUGCGUGAUGGAGCAAGUAAAAUGGUGGCGGCCUUUAACUCCGCCACUGGCAGCAGGGAGGCCAGAGAGAGCCUGAGUGAAGCCAACAAGGGCUACAAGGAAUGUACAGAGCACAUGUGCUCACUUGAGAGUGAAUUAGAAAGCCAGAUGGGAGAGUUUCAUGUGAAGAUGAAGGGUCUUGCAGGCUUUGCACGGCUCUGUGUUGGUGACCAGUAUGAGGUCCUAAUGCGUUAUGGGCGGCAACGCUGGAGGUUACGAGGCCGUGUGGAAGUAAGCAACAAGCAGAUAUGGGACAGCGAAGAGUAUAUUUUCUUGCCUCUCGUCACAGACCUGCUGUCAAUCAAGGUGACUGAGCUGAAGAGCCUGGCCAAUCACGUUGUGGUGGGCAGUGUGUCCUGCGAAAUGCUCGACCUGUUCUGCCCGCUCCCACAGACACUUGCUGUGGAUAUCAAUGACCUCGGGACAGUUAAGCUGAACUUGGAGGUCACCUGGAGUCCAUUUGAUAAGGAUGACCAGAUGUCAUGCACCAGUACAGUUUCUAAGCGGCUGCUGUCCAAUCAGAGCCCUCCAGACACACCCUCUAUGCGGGAGCAGGUGUUUUAUAGCAUGCCACAUGAUGGGCCCAGGCAGAGCCGCUCACUGGUGGAGGUGUUCCACGACAUCGUGGCGGACAGGACGGCAUCCUUACGCUGUGAAUUCAGCCAUACGGCCCCCCGAUUCCCCUCCAUACAGUCGUCUCUGCUGAAGCGACAAGGAGAAAUUGAGAAUGGGACAGUCUGGUCCAAUUCCUCUGAAUCCUCUGAUGACUCCUCCAGUCCGGCCAUGGCUCAUCAUGCUCAGAAGCUGACAGCCUCCAACAUGCUGCCAACCGCUCUCGCCAGUCAGCUGUCGUCCACUCUGCACAAGUCCAGUGCGUCGACACCAUCGCUCUCGUCCAACCAAGAGGAGGAUGAGACAGAAGCCGGGGAGGUUUUCUCUCAGACAGAUGCCAUACCUAACGGCCAUCUGCAGACUUCCUGCUCUCACAGCCACGUAGGCGAGAGCAUCCCGGACUGUACUGUGACUGUUAGAGCCUCUGUCCAAUCAGCUGAGCUCUCUAAAAGCUCAGCAGACCUGAGCUGCUCAUACCCUGACAUCUCCUCUCCUCCUGUGUCAUUGGUAGAGAGACCAGGUGAGACUGAAAGUGGCAUCCCACCACUGUGCAUUUCAGCAGAAGAGAUAAAUCCAUGUGAAGAGUUGUCAGUACAGGCUCAGCAGACUGAAGCAGAAAUAGUGCCCAGCACUGAAGAGGAGGCACCAGGGGAACCCAGUCAGCCACACCAGUCCAUCCAGGAGUUAAAACAACCAGAGGAUGCUCCAACGGUUCCUUUUCCUACGUCCUCAAGUUUCAUUCAAGAAGUUGAGACGGCCCUGGAAAGUUUCGACUUUCUGAACUGCUCUGACCUUGAUGAAGAUGAGCAGGAAGAGGAAGAUGAGCAACAAGAGGAAGAUGAAGAAAAAAAGGAAGAGGAGGAUGAGCAACGUGAAGAGGAGCUAAACAAAAUGGAGGAAGAAGAUCAUUUCUACUCUGGAGGAAGCAGCGACGUGGAGGAGGCGGGCGGUCUCGAGAUCCUUAUGGAAGCCCCAGAGGGAUUCAGGAACUCGGAUGAAGACCGUUUCUCUGAAUCACAGGAGUCAGGUGCAGAGGAUGUGCAGGAUUUGGGUCAGACUGAAGUGUCCGAGGAUAAGGUGGAGCCCAGUGAGGAAAAGGGAAAGGAAGAACAUGGAGAAGACAGAUCACAAGAUCAGGAUGAGCGUCCCUCUACUCCCAGCCAUUUGGCUACUGCUGUCCUCUAGUGACACUGUGUCACUGAGGUGAAAUCAUUUCUCCGCUGAUCUGUUCAUGCCAUCUCCCUCGUACUGUGUGGGACUGGAGGCCUUGAGGAUGUUCCACUUACUGCUCAGACAAACAAGCUCUUCUGUCACGGUGGAGUUUGUGCACGUAUUUGCCUUGUUUUCACCAAGAACGGUAAACCUUGGGUUUCUGCACCUCAGUCAUGACUGAAAACACACAACUCCCUCAACACACAUGUGUUGCCUGUGUUAAAGUGGGAUACCACUAAACUUUAUACUUUCACAAACUGUUCCUGUCAUGUGAAAAUCCAGUGUCCUAGUGUGUAAACAUUUCAGGAACAGCUAUGAGCUGCCUUGUUUUUGCUUUCAUCACAGUGCAUUCUUUAUGUAAUCUAAUCAUUUGGAAAUGGUUUUUAAAAUGAUGCAAUUCUUCAGUCUCCACAGAACCACAAUUGCUUACAGAGUUGCUUUAUAAGAUUUUCAAACCUCAGCAUUUGUGGAAAUGGAAAAACUGUUGAGGUUGUAAUAUUCAGUGUUAAAUCGGUGUACAGCCCAGAGCUCUUUCACUGUUAGCAGAACAGGAAAAAAACAUCAUGCGAUGUUUGUCAGAAGAGUUAUAUCAAGUAUAAACACAUGAAGGAAAGAUGUUUGCUCUUCAAAGCUCACUUUGGUCCAACCAUGAAAACAGUCUGCAGUGUAAAACUAUAUUUAAACCUGCAUGUGUAGCUGCCUCACACUGCCAGCAUGUCUGUAUAAAAAGCUCAACUAAACAGUUUAAAUUGUGUAAGCUAAACUCCAGUGCAAAGAAGCCAUCGGGUCUCUAGCUGACUGUGUACAAAGGCUGCCUCCUGGGGGCGCUAUAGUCUUUUUGCAUUGUGUUCAACUUUGUUCUACAAAAGCCUUGUCAUUCAGAAAGUGCCUCAAGUGAGAGAUGUACGGUUUUAAAUGCCACAGCAGGAGGUCAGGCAAAAGAUUAGUGUUUAUUUUCUGACUUACUUUAAGAGUGUGCACAACAAGAGUUAUUUACUGUUUCAUAUAAAAAUUGUAUAUGUCUUGAAAUGUUUAUGUUCAGAAAUGUUUAAACUUUAUAAAGUUUUCUUUAACAUGUC